AUGGCGAACGACGCAAACGCCACCGGCAGCUCCCAAGAGGGGAUUCAAGCGGCAACUACGAAUUCAGAGUACGACAAUAUCACUGUAAAAGCUUCGACGAUAGAGGAUAGAAUAUUGUUUCGAAACAUACUGAAACAGAGCAAAAGAAAGCACGGAAACUCGUACAACAUCGUCGAAAGAACCCCCGAAGGUUAUCGCUUGGAACUUGCUCCUGGUGCAACGGUCGAUAACGGCGUUCCACUGGCAUAUGAGGACAUUUCGAGAUGGGAAGACAGUCAGAAGCGAAAAGACUACCCUUGCAUAAAGGUUCUCCGACCCUUCAAAGAGGACCGCGCUCCUCGUGCUCCUCCCGAAUACCCAAAUGAUGUGAUCAAAGACUCCCGAGGCGUUCUCGUUAGUCGUCACUACUCUGGAGUAUAUGAAGACCUGAAAGGGGAUCUAUGGAUUGAUGGAGGCUCCGAAAUUCAGUACCGUGACGAGAGUAAGGAUUGCGUUGCGAAAGCAGCAAAGGAAAAUCCGGAGGCGAAGAUAAAAGAUUGCAUUUCUGGGUUGUGA